UGAAAAAUAUUCAUUAAAGUCCUCUAGUUCAGGUCUUUCCAGUGUAAAUAAAUUUUCGGAAAGUAAGAAUCAUAUUUUAAUUUUAAGCCUCUUUCGGAUGUAAACGAAUACCCCCAUGAAAGGGAAUAUAAUAAAAAAUAUUUUAAAGGGUCAUCUCAAGAUAUAUCUAUUGACCAUGAUUUGCCACCGGACGCCAGAAAGAAACUCUAUAAUUUAAGGACCCCGGCCGAUGGUGUUUCCAAAGAAAUGAUUUAACACACGAAAUAAAAAAUGAAAACAAUUUUUUUAGUCUUUCCGAUAACAAUUAUUUAAAUUUUAAAGCGGAUAAGUCUAAUAAUUAUGACAAUAGUCACCCAUUGCAAAUGAUUCGGGAGUGACAAAUAUAAUCUACAUUUUAAUGCCCCUAUGAAGAGUCUGUAAGCAAUAAUGAAUUUUCGCAAGAAAAAAUUAUGAAUUUUCAAAUUUACCUGUGGACGAUAUAAAUGACUUUCAUGGACCAACAAAACAUUGGAGACGAUAGUCUGGAUUUUAUAAUAAACCACCACAUGAAGCAAAAAUUGCCAAAUAACUUUGAUUUCCAAAAUAAUUUUAACAGUCGAAUGGAUUUGAAUUCAGAUUAUUUUAUGCCAGAUAGUCAAAAAUAUUCCGAUUUUGGUUCAAAGCCAUACAAAGCUAUAAACCCAUAUUUAACUUACCCGAAGAACAAUUUUUACAGAUCGUUGCCCAAUCCCGAUCAAGAAAUUUAAAAGAAUGAAGCGAAGUAAUCUAGAAGUUGAAGAUAUAGAAAAAGUGACGUUUCUCAAUUGGAUCAGAAGUACGGUACCGACCCAAAAGAUGUAAACUCUCUAAACUUAAAAAACAUCGAGGACAAUGGUGUUCCAUGUGAUACAUGUGGAGGUAAAAAUAAAAAGAAGGAUGAAAAGCCUCGAACAAGAUAUUGUAGUGUUUCAGACGAAUCUAAAAGUGCUGGAAGUAAAAUUGAGGAUAUUGACUCUAAACUUAAUGAUGCCGUCCCUUGCGAUACUUGUGGCGGUAAAAAAAAAGCCUGAUGGAAAACCUUGCCUGGUGGUCUACCACCUGAAGUCAAUUCUAUAAAAGCUGAAAAUGAAGAACAAAGGCUUCCGGACUAUAUGAUACCAUGUGAAAGUUGCAAGAAAAGCAACAAAUGUACUGAAGGAAAUCUGGAUUCUGCAUCCUGUGGAUGUAUAACUAAUCCAAGCGUGUGCAACUGUGAAUCCUCUAAGUUAUCAAGAGCUUUAAACGAAAGUGCAAAGGACUUGAGCUAUUCUGUGUUUAAUAUGAAAAAUCCAGUUCCGUUUUUAACCACAACGCUACGUGUUUUUAGAAGGCGCCAUAACACUUGGUGGAGGGUUGUCCCAAUAGUUACGCUUGAUAGUGUAUCAGGAAUAUUCGCCAACAAAGAUCUAUCAGCAGUUUUUAAUUCGCAUGUCGAUUUGAUUGGCUUGGAAAAAUCAAUUGGCUUUAUGAAUCGAAAACUUAUAAUUCCAAAAUCAAAUGAUAAUGGAUAUGCUAAAAAAAGGCAUGCCAAUACCUUAAAAGAAUUGCGGAGUAACAUUGGUAAUAGUGUUUUAGUUGAUACUUCGGGUAAGGACAUAUCAAUUCGGGAAAUAAAAAACAUUAUAAAUUUAAACAUGGAAAAGGCGGCAAAAAAAGGAGGUUUGUCAACUAGAAGCAUUGAUGGAUUAGGAUACCUUCCAGUUUCUAUGAACGCAUUAGAGAAUUGUCCGCAUAAAGACAAACAUCUUUGCCUAAAUAUUCGGGAAGAAAAAGUACCAGAAUUUAGCAUAAAAGUCAAGAUACCUUUUCGAGAAAAUGCUCUUGUUAUGCGAAAGCACUUGGUUAAAAUAUCAAGAAUUAUAACCGACGCAACGACAAAGGAUGCACUUCAAGUUACUAUUGAUGUAAUCAACAAAGGAUUUGAAGCGCAGGAAUUUUCCGUAUAUGUCUGCAAUUGUAAAGCAAGUAGUGCCUCAUUAGCAACUAGUGCCAGGAGAUUGUUACAACCGGAUAUCGGUCAAACCGUCACCUUUUUAAUGCCUAUUAGUUAACUCGAGAAAAAUAGAAAAUUUAGUUGUGAUGUGGUGGUUAAGGCCAACGUAUUUAAAGAUAACGAGGAAUCGGAUGCUGAGAUACUAAACAGAUGACCAAAAGUAGGAGUGGUGGCAAAAAGAUCCAUGGACGUUAAAUGCCACGCAAGGUGCUUUUGUGUUUGGCGAUGUCGAUGUCAUUGCAUCGGAAAGUUGGACUUUAUCAACUAUAAUGCUUGUGAAAGAAUGGAUCCCAAGUCGGAAAAGGCUGGCCUUAUUUACAAUUGUCCACCUGGUAACGAACAAAAUGAUGUGUGCAUCAAAGAUAUAAUAAGUGAACGGAAUGAAGAGAUAAUUUGUGAUCUAACUUGUAAAAUUAUAGCCAUUACAUUGCUUGUUUUGACCUUACUAUUUUUAUUGGGAGUUUUAAAGGCUAUCCUAGGAAUCUGUAUUCAGAGCAUUGGUCGCUGUGGAUUUGACACAGUUCAACCGGGAAGGAAUUAUGAAUGCACUUCCUCGAUAAGGAUAUUUUUAGUUAACUGUUUCUUCUUCAUAAUAUUUCCCUUUGCAUGCUGGUGUAAGUUCUUCCGACCUAAGGAUAAAGACCUAAGAGAAGCUAGCUACGAUUGGGAUUGUACCUCUGAAUCUGGAGAUAACCCGGAUUGUUCUUGUGAUAAAAAGGAGUCAAGUUCAAGUUGUCGGCUCCAUGGUGGCCAAGAUAAAACCCUACACAAUAAUUUAGUUCUCGCCUUUGCUCCACUCCAUGAAAACGGAUUUAAAGAUGAAAAAUCAGAUGACGAGCAGAGUCAUUUGUUCAUUCUAGAAGUUUUGGAGAAAGCAAGCACCCUGACUAAAAUGAUGAGUCAAGUUCCAGAUUCCGCCCACAAUAUUAGGCAAAGUAUGGAAAGUGACGCCGAUGCUAUAGCAGCCGAUGAGUUAGUGGAAAGUCUUAAAAACUCACAGGUUGCUUAUAGGACAAUGAAUUCGCCAGUUGGCGGAGUAAUCGACAUCCCAGAAAACCACCCAUAUUGUAUAAAAGGUUUCUUUUUACCAAUUGCAAACUCGACCUAUGAAUUUAUGAGCUAUAUUCUAUCUCAGUUUGUAGGAAUCUCAGAAGAGAAUGAAGUUAGGAGACUGCCAAAGCCUCAAUAUAUCCACUCAAAUGAGUUCUCUAAGAUAUAUGCUAAUAAAAUGGAGGUCCAUAAAGCAGCUGACCUCUCAGUGGUUCCUCUUAAUGUGCCUUGCAUUAACAUCGACCACUGCACCCAAUUGGAGAAUUCGUUUGUAAAACUCGCAACGCAACAGGAACAAUUAAAAGCUAAUCAGUCUUAAGGAAUUAAUAUUAUAAAUAAUGUUUCUAAAUAUGUUCAUAAUUUAUUUUGUUUUAUUAAAUUUUAAUAGUU